AUGAUAAGAAUUAUUUUACUUACAACUUUUUUAUUUACAAUUUUCCCGGUUUUUCUGGGUACAGAAGAUGGCCUAUUUACAGAAUGCGUGGAAAGCUUGCCAUGUACAGCGGACGUACAAUGCUUUAAAGGCCGCUGUGCUGGAAAAUAUGUCGCCAAAUGUAAAUGUCUUUGUACUCAUAGAAAGCGCUGUAAAUCUAAGAUUGAAUGCGGGGGAAUGCAUAAUUCUUGCAUUAAUGGACGUUGCGAUUGUUUGCAAGGUACUAGAGAUAGAGAUUUUUGA